AUGAUGUCUGGCAAUGGAAAAGAAGGAAUGCCUGGAAAGAUGCCGGUAAAGAGUCAAAUGGAGGCGUCAUAUGUGAGUCUGAAGACGUGGAUAGAGGAUUCGUUGGAUCUUUUCAAGAAUGAUCUUCUGCCGUUGCUCUACCCGUUGUUUAUCCACAUAUACUUUGAUCUGAUACAGCAGGGCAGGACUGAGGAGGCCAAGGAGUUUUUUGAAAGGUACAGGAAGGAUCAUCACAACAAGAACGAGGAGAUGAAACAAUUUGAAAGCAUAUAUACCAUACAGCACAUCCAUGAGAACAACUUUGCAUACACUUUUAAGAACUCGAAGUACCAUUUGUCGAUGGGAAGAUAUGCAUUUGACUUGCUGAUAAAUUUUCUAGAAGAGAGGAAUCUGACAUACAUAUUGAAGAUACUGAACCAGCAUUUGGACAUCAAAGUGUAUGUUGGGCCUAAGAGUGAUGAGAAGCCGCAGGGAAUAGAAACGGGAGUGGUGGAUGCCGAGAUUGACCUUACGACGUUUCUGGUAUCAAGAGAGUGCGAGGAUGCGAUUUUGGGCGAUGAGCAGUACAGAUACGAUCAUCUGGAGACGUAUGUGCUACAGCUGCGCAAGCAGAGAGAAAUGAAGCCGAAGGACUCGGUGUACAAGCCGAAUGCAUCUCAGAUUCAUGCGGAGAUUGAAAAGCUAAAGGAUCUCUGCAAAAGAGUUGCAGUGAAUAGGAACAAUCUGCCCAGCAUCUGUUGUUACACGAUCCACAAUACGUACGAAGGACUUACUGCAGCAGAAAUAAGCAAUGAUCUGAAGUUGAUGGCGUGUGGGUUUAAGGAUAGCUAUAUUGAGAUAUAUUCGUUGACGAAUGAACCUCUCAGGAAGUUGAAGAGCAGCUCGGAGCUUGCGAAGUCUGACAUAAAGACACUGAAUGAGGAGAAGUUUGAGGAGAUUGGGGGAAGUUGUAGGCUGGUGGGCCACUCUGGGCCAGUGUAUGGGCUGAGCUUUUUCCAGUCGAACAAGUUUCUUGUUUCGAGCUCUGAAGACUGCACGGUGUGCUUGUGGAGCCUUGACUUGUUUUCUUUGAUAGCUGUUUACAAAGCACAUGCAUUUCCGGUAUGGUGUGUUGAUGUAGCACCGAAUGAUCAUUUUUUUGCAAGUGGGUCUGGCGAUAGGCAAGCGAUAAUAUGGUCUGUGAUGGCGUCGAAGCCAGAAAGACUGAUAGUAUCGUCUCUGAGUGAUGUGACGGCCCUGAAGUUCCAUCCGAACUCGAACUACCUGUUUACUGGGUCAUCUGACCAUAGAGUCAGGAUGCACGACGUUGAGACAGCAGCAGUUGUAAGGAUCUUCUGUGGGCAUACAGACACUGUAACAUGUAUAGAUGUUUCGCAUUGUGGAAAGUUCUUGGCGAGUGGGGGACGAGACAAGGUGGUGAUGCUGUGGGAUAUACAGACCUCAAAGCUCAUCAGCAAGUAUGUGGGCCAUGAAAAUGUUGUGUUUUGUGUGUCUUUCUGCUUCUAUGGAAGUGUGAUUGUGUCAUGUGGAGCAGACAAUAGCGUAAGGCUUUGGGACAAGACAGACAGCAAGGGUGGGUGCCUGGGUGUGUAUCACACAAAGAACACGCCAUUGCUGUGCUCAAAGUUUGGAUACAGAAACAUAAUAUCGUGUGCAGGACCAUACAUAAGCUAG